UGCAGGAAAGCCCAACUGUACAGCACACACACACGAUAUCACUGCACGAACAAAACAUUAACAUUCAAACAAAGCGAUUCGUUUUCAAGUGGAUUCCAACAGCGAAGUCCCGAGGCUAACUUAUUCACAAAGUUCGAAGAGGACACAAGAAGUGCGUCGGCUUGCUCUCCCUCUGUCAGGAUUCCCGGCUCAACACCCUAAACGUGGUCAUGACCUGGUGCCAACAAACUUCAAAAGUCCCAGGCAUUUUCCUGUUCAUUUUGUUCGGUCUUACAGUCAAGCCUGCAUCCCUCAGUCCAGUGGCAGCAGACAUAAACACAGUACGUGACCACUCUGCAACAUUACCCUCUGCUCAGAAACAGGGUAAAUAUAUUCAACAGGCUGAAAAACAAGUCAUGCUGGAUGAUGCACCCGAAGAAGACGGUGAGCUUUUUAAAGACGUGGAUCCAAGAACACUAGCAGCUGUGCUUCUUGAAGCCCUUAACAACUCUCAGAAGCAAAAGAUUACUGAAAGAGAAGACAAAGGAGCAGAAGAGGAAAAUGAGAGGGAUCUCCAGGGUGCAGACAGAGACAGAGAUAGCCAUCAGGAGCUGGAACUGGCCAUGGCAGCUGCUGUAGCGCAAGGAAAAGAUGAGAAAGAACGAGAGGAGGAAGAGGAGAAGAACAGAGCCAGGGAGGAGGAACAGUUAACAGAAAAAGUAAAAAGCCACACCACCAGUCAGAAGAUCCCAAUAAAAGAGCCAGUGGCACCACAGGAUGAGGUCACAAAAGAAGAGGUGAUGAAGGAUGAGGAGAGGCAGGACCCAGAGAAAGAGGGGUUAAGAGAGGAGGAAGAGCAGCUGAGUCCAGAAGAAGUGAAGAAUCUGGAGACUAUGUUAGAGGAAUUUCAGAGUUACAGCACUGCAACUAAGAGAGAGCGUGACACUGUCCACAGGGAAAGUAGAGGGGAAUAUUUUGAUUUCUUGGACCGUAACGGCCUAAUGAACAAUGAGAUCAAAUCCAAAGGCAAUGAACUAGCACUGUCCAAGAAGAAGCUAAAGUGGCAGCUUGAGCAAGAGAAGAACAAAAUUAAGCCCCCUCAAAAAGGAGGUAACUUCAUGGAUGACUUUAACAACAAUUUUGCUGACCCAGAGGCGGAAGAUGAGCAAGAUCAGGAGGAUGAAGAAGUGCUAAGCCCUGAAGAAGAGGAGACUCAGGCUAAAGCUGAGCAAGAGGAGGUACGCAGACAAGCGGCAGAAGCCCAAAGAGCCAAGGCGGAGGAGGAGAAACUCGCAGACAUUGCAUCUGACAUGCUGCUGAAAUACAUUGUCAAACAAGACAAGAAAAAGGUUCAAGAUGGUGCAGAAGAUAAGCGCUCUGAUGAGGAAGAUACUAGCGACGAUGAAGAUAUUGACCCACAAACCAUCGAUAAGUUGAUUGAGAUCUCAAGUAAGCUGCAUCUUCCUGCCGACGAUGUGGUUGACAUCAUCAGUGAUGUGGAGAAGAAAAAGAAAAAAGAUGCUCCUGAAAAUUUGCCGUGGCAACGUCCUCUCGUGCCGCCUUCAGCCCCCGUGGCAAUUUCCACUGUUCCCCAAUUUCUGUUACGUAAACCACCUCCUUCAAAGCCACCCCGACCCAACACAAGCCCACUGAAAACCUGGUUUAAAGACAGGGCCUCAGUCAAACCCAGCCAGCAAGAAAUGUGGACGAGGCAGCAGUGGCCCUUUCGUGCCUACCCUUCCUACAAUUUCUACCAAAACCCCUAUCGAGGGUAUUAUCCCAUCUACAUCAAGCCUCCAAAAUCCAAAUCCCACUACAAGCCAGCUUUCUCCCUCAAUGAUGUCCUGGGAAACUCUCUGGACUAUGAUUUUGAUUACUCCUCCAGAAGAAAGUCCCGUCCCUGGGCGCAUUCUCGUCCGAGGCCCCAACCAGCCUUUCAAAGGAACCUCUACUUCCCUAACUACAUCGCCCCCCGGACUUUCAAAUCCUUACCAAUGCCUAAACCACGAUCACCUCCACGUCGCUGGCCGUCCUUUAAUUACUUAGCCCGAGCUCCUGUAGUCACCAGGGAGGAUGAUUACUAUAGUCCACUGAGACAGACGCCGCAUGACAGUGAAGAAGACCUUGAAAACUUCCUCGAGAAGGUCUUCGUAAAACAUCCUCGGAUGUUUCAGUGAGCAGUGCAGGGGGUGCUGAGGUGGAGGAAAAGGAGAAGAAAGACAAAGGAAGAAAACUAAAAGACUGUUCAUUUCCAAUCACAUUGUGAUUUCUUUCGCUCUAGAUACGUUGCUUAACUUUCCGUCCGCUCUUUUUAUCAAAUGCUGUUAUAUAUACAGUAUAUAUAUAAUUUGAACAGCAACGUUUACCCUUAAACAGAACUUAAAACACAGCAUUCAGGACCUUCACAUCCAUGCAGCCACAUCUUCCACCCUCCUCCCCGUGAAAAGACUGAAGGACCAGCAGAGUCACCCGUACGGUGAGAUGAAGGGGUGCUUCUGUCCAUAACAUCUACAUAAGCUCUUAAAUUCAGCAUAUCCCAAGAAGGCCUUUAUAAUGAAACAGUACAGUACAAAAACAAUACUUUUAUUUCAUACAAAGAUGAAAUCUCAUUGCAUUGUGCACUUUCGGUGACUUGCUAUUACUAUGGAAACAAGUCCAUCAUGUAAGCCUUAUCUCAGUGUCGCUUUUGUUUGUUUAUUUUAGAAACCCAGUCGGGUCAAUGUCAUUGAUCAAUGUACAAGCAUUGCAAAAAAUAUUUGAAUUGCACCUUUAUAGAGGGCAUAUACACAGAUUAGAAAUCGUACACCAUCACAGUGCCAUAUUGGUGGAAAUACAUGUUAUUCUAGAUACCAAUUGUAUUGUCUUGUACCUCAGAAUAUUCCUCUCAAGCGUUUACCAUUUGUGUGUUCCCUUGUGAAACAUUGAGAACUCACUCUAAGUCUUGUAUAUAGAAUUAGAUUCUUAUAGCAGUCCGCAUUUUUUAUUUUGUUGUUUCAGUAUGUUUAUACCAUUGUUUUUUAUGCAAAAAAAGAUAAGAAGAUGGUGGAAAGGACAUUCAUACAUUCCAACAAUUUGUAAGAAACUAAAGUUCUUUCAUAGAAGCUCUUUUUAAUAACAUUUUUAAUUGCCUUAAGACACUCUCUUCCCUUUUUCAGAGAAGCAGCUUUUUUUUUCAUAGACCGACAGAAAGGUUUAUUCCCAUGCUCAUAAGACUUAUCAGUGGAGCUGCAGUGAUCUUCCUUUGAAAAGUUGGUAACGCUUUAGAUUACAGCCCGCAAUGUAAUGCAUAAUUAAACAGAAUUUACAGCGUAACUGAUUUUAAGAUAAUCUAAAAAUAAUAAAGGGAUAAAAGUAGGAAAAUGUAAAAAAAGAUAUAACAUUACAUAAUAAAUAUAUAUUAGAAUUUUUUUACUGUACAUUUUCUCUUACCCCUUAAUUUCUUAAAUGUUGCAUAUUGUUUCCCUUUACCUACAAAUAUGUACUGUAGAGGUACAUUAUUGUUUCAACUACCGUUGCUGUAAAUUCUGUUGAAUUAUGCGGUACAUGGGCUGUAAUCUAAAGUGUUAGAGAAAAUUUUACAAUAGAAUUGAUUUUAUGAAUAACUGUUGUCUGGCUUGUCCCUUAACCAGUUAAAUCAAUGGGCUAGUGCUCAAUCAAAAUAGCAUAGACAAUCUACUCUAUUUAAAACUGAUCACAUUUCAUAUUGUAAUAUUGAUUUGGAUCCGAAAUCAAUCCUUGAACUCUGGUGUUCAAUAUAUAAGUUUAUAUAAGUGCUUGUAUAACAGAAGCAGGCUGUCAGUGACUAACAGCUAGAUUUUAGAAAGAAACAAUGUAAGUAAAAAAUAACAUUAUAAAUGGCACAAAUGGACUGAAAAAGAAUAUCCAAAAGACAAAGGGGGAGGCAUACACCGUUCUAUUUUCUUUAAGUGAUUUUAAGAUAAGGGGAAAAUGGACCAGUACUGCUGAAACAGUGUAGGAAUGAGUGUCUGCACAUUACUGUAAACUUGCACCUAAAAUGUGUUGCUUCUUUGAAGACAUUAUAAGCAUUGAAAAAAACCCAAAAAAAUCUGAAUGACUAGUGUACCAACGUAAAAAAUGCCGUAAAGUCUUGUAUGAGGAAAAACAGUUUAGAUGUAUCUUGUACGUACCAUAAUAAACAUGCGUUUGCUGGAUGUAAAUAACUGCAUGUUGAUGACUAGUUUUGCUACACAGAGAAAAAUAAAUAAAAUGGACUAUUUUUUAUUAAAGCUGUUUAUUUAAUUUCUUCUUGGAACAUGAA